GUGUUCUCCGUUCAGGAAUUUUUCACUGCGCUUAAAUUAGGUUCAAAUGGGUGAAAUAAUGUGAAAAUGAGACAGCUUUUCCGUAAUUCGGUUUGAAUAAUCUGUGGCGAAAGUGUUCGGGUGAAAUCUGUGUCGGUUUUCGUCAGACAAACGUGUGCUUUCCCUCGACUUAGUGCGGAGUAGACGGGAAUCGGGUCGCGAAAAGGGCAAAGAAAAUUUCCAUCUAGUAGGCGACUUAUCGAUUUGGGUGAUUUUCGGAGCACUAGAUCGGUUGCAUAGAAAGGAAAAUUAGGAUUUGUCGUCGUAUCUGUGCGAUUGCAAACUUUGUGGAAUACGCAUAGAAUCUCCAUUCAGAGCUGGGAAAAUCAUUUCAUAAUUCGGAGCUAGUUACAAAGUGGGUUGAAAAUGCAGCCACCACCGCGAAAAGGCAAUUAUACAAAAUUCCUAAAGAAUCUCCACUCGGAGCAGUUGGCGAAGCUUGCUCUGAAGAAUCAAAAUGAGUGCGAGCUGCUGGAGGACAUCCGGCAAUUUACCCUCAAACGCUCGGCCAUUGAAAAGUCGUACAGCGAGGCGCUACUCAAAAUAUCGUCGGCAUAUCUCAACAAAAAGCAGGCCUGCAUUCCUGAGAUAAAAAUGGAUGGAGCAGAGGAAAAAUGGAACAUGUGGAGCGUCUGGCAGACUGUACUAGAGGAAAACGAAAAGCUUGCACGUGCUCGUCUAGCAGCGGUCGAAGUAUUCCAACAGCAAAUAGCAGACGAAGCCAAACUACUCAGGAAUUCAAAGUUAAAUACCAGCAAGAAAUCCAUCGAACAUCUCGGAGUAGUUCAGAAGGAACUGCAGCUCUCCGUGCAGGAUGUUGACAAAACAAAAAAGUGUUACUUCGAUGAAGAACAUUGCGCUCAUGAUGUUCGCGACAAGGCACGGGAUAUCGAAGAAAAGCUAAAAAAGAAAAAGGGUUCAUUCUUCCAAUCGAUAACGUCUCUUCAGAAAAAUAGCGCACGAGUAACCUCACGUAAGGAACAACUCGAAGAGAAAUCAACGGGAGCUAGAAACGAUUACAUUCUCAGUCUGGCCUCAGCUAACGCACAUCAAAAUCAUUACUUCACCAUUGACCUUCAGACAACGAUGGCCACUAUGGAGAAUUACGUUUACGAACGAGUGGCAGACUACUUAGCGUUGAUCGGCCGCACCGAGCUGCUCACUUGCUCAGCCACUCAGAACUCGUUCGGUAAGAUCCGUGACCAGGCUCAACAGUUGACGCGUGAGUACAAUCUACAGUGCUGCUAUCUGUACUAUCCGGUGCUCAAGCAGCAUAUUCAAUACGAGUUUGAACCAUGCGAUAAUGAUCCAAUCCGGAAGAUUACGGCAGACCACGAGUCCGCUGCAGAGACUUUAAAUAGGGAAGGUAAGCGUUGGGCUGGGCGUGUUGCUCGCGAGAGCAACGUAGUUCGCGAGAACGCUCGCAAGCUAGCCAUCUGUACAGCACUCCGCGAGGCUGGCCACCGUACGGACCCCAACGAUCAGAACGGUCCCGAUCUGGAAACGAAGAUCGACGACUUCCGCGAGAAUAUCCGUAAGGCAGAGACCGCCAAGUGUAAGGCCGAAUCGCGGCUGGAGUGUUUGAGAAUCGGUGGCAUCAAUGUGGAUGAGUGGAUACAAGAGGCAGAAACGUUAAGCGUGCAGGAAAUGCCACGAUCAGCUAGUUCAUUGUCCAUGCGUACCGACGCAUCUGGUCAAGGGGAAAAUCCUAGCUCCGAUUCCUUCUACGAUAGCGAUAAUGCCGAACAAGAUCAGCCUAUGUCAGAGUCUUCGCCUGCUCCGAAGCAACCUGAACCUCCUGGUGAUGAAUUCGUACCAGACAGCGAUGAAGAUGAAGACUUCGAGGUUGAACAGGAGCGUCAAAAGAUCGAACAGAUCUCUCACACGUGGGACGAUCCGAUUCAAACGGAUUGGGGUGCGGAGGAGUCCACAGUUGUCGAAGCCAGCAUGCCACCACAACAAUCCACAGGGCAGACAUUCAAGUGCACAGCAUUGUACUCGUACACCGCACAGAACCCGGAUGAGCUAACCAUAGUCGAGAGUGAGCAGCUGGAGGUAGUCGGCGAAGGCGAUGGAGACGGAUGGUUGAGGGCGCGGAACUAUCGCGGUGAAGAAGGUUUUGUGCCGCACAACUAUUUGGACGUCGAGAGGGAUACUCCGGUGGAUACCCAUACUCCGGCCCAGCUAUCGACGCAGAUUUCCUUCUCCUCUGUCGAUUACACGGUGGACAAUGAAGAUCAGGACCAUAUGCAGGACUCUGGUCAAUCGCCCGAUCAAAUCUCAGUUAUCUCUGCACCGCGAAAGGCACACCAAAUGUACUGCAUUGCAUUGUACGAUUAUGAUGCUACGGCGGAGGAUGAGCUCACAUUCGAGGAAGGACAGAUAAUCAAAUUAAUCACCAAGAGCCCCCAUGGAGUGGACGACGGCUGGUGGGAAGGUGACCUGAACGGCAAGAUCGGAAAUUUCCCUUCGCUGGUGGUGGAAGAAUGUGAUGAAAAUGGAGAACCACUGACCGAUGCCGAGGACGAAUCUCCUCCACCGUCGGCACCGCCUUCGUUCGCGGCGCCGGCACCACCGCCCAUGGUCCUGCAAGAGGCCACACCUCCCGAAGGACAGAGUCCAACCGAGUUCGAUAGCCGAAGUUCUGAGCCAGCGGUGGAUCGGUUCGAGUUUGAACUGAACGACGAUCAACACGACAAGUAUGGGUCGCAGUUUUCGGCGCCUCCUCCUUCGCAGCCACCUCCAGUAGUGAUUUGUGAGGAGCCUGAGGCCGAGGAGGAAGAAUCUCGCAAAGAUAUAGAGGACGCUACUCCAGCUACUACUAGUGACGAUCCUAACCAGCUGAAUUUUGCCCAGAUCAUUGUGACCGCUGCCACGCCGAUGCACGAUGAGCCUGACAAGAAGUUUCUGGAAGAAGAUCUAGAUGAGGAACAAGCCGAAGAACAACCAUCAGAGAUAAUUGAAAAACAAGAGCAGGAAACGCAGGAGGUCAGUGCUAAGGAAAAAUCCAAGGCAGAGUCUCCGCCCAAGGAGGAACCCCAAGUGCAGCAGCAGCAGCAGCAGCCUACUAAGCCACCAACUCCGCCGAAGCCAGCCAAACCGCCGUCACCUCCGAAGCCGGCGAAGCCAGCGUCACCUCCCAAAGAGCAACCGAAGGCAGCAUCUCCACCAAGUGUGGAGCCUACUCCAGCCGAGGAACCGGAACCAGCACCGCUAGAAGAACCGGCGGCUCCCUUUGAAUCCACCGGCUUCGAAGCUAACUUCGAGGCCAACUUCGAGGGUGGCUUCGCCGCCAACUUUGAUGAUGCGUUUGGAGCCAGUCAAGCGGAAAUGCCAAAACAGGUGGUCGGUGGCAGGGCUAGCAUACCGGAGGAACUCGAGCCACAUCAGCUGGCGCGCUUGCAAAACCUGAAGGAAUCCAACGCAUAAUGAAAAGGUAGAUCGGGAUUGGCUGAUCUAUUGUAGUCAGUCCACUCACAAAAGUUUUAUUGUACACUGAACAAACGAAACCCUAAGGUACUGCACCUAAAGUGGAGAUGGUUCUGUCUUACAACGCGUAUGCAAUAUGUUUCCUUAGCGUCAUCAAUCAGCCGUGGAUUCUUUUAGUACCGUCGUAUAAAAUGGUUAAACAGUAUCAUGUAAAAGCAGACAUUUAGUGUCGCUGACCCGACUGACUGUAAAUCGUAGACCUUUUUCCUGAAAUACGACUAGCAAUCUACGAACUAACAGUUCCGCUAGAGCGGUACUGGCGAUGUACUUUUCGCGAACUAGUCGUUUAAUGACCCUGAUCGAACAGUUUCAUUCUGCUAAACUUCUUGCACGUUAAUGAUUCUGAGUCAAAUCUACUAAUCGCUUGUCACUUGAUUUUCUGUUCGUUUCACAAUAUUCAUCGAUCCAAAUAAGAUCCAAAACAUUCUCAUACAUGUUUUCCGGCAUCUUCGGUAUUGCUCUACUUGUAAAACAUUUUAAACUUUAAAGCUUUAAACAAUGCUUGUGGGCUUGCCUCAAUCAGAUUUAAAAGUUUUAUCAAAUGGGUUGCCUUUCGUUUUUUUUUGAGUGGCACUCAAGGAUUCUGUUUACCAUGAAUACAUCGGUAAAUAUCAGCGAUCCGUAAAUCCUAACAAAUUAGUAUUGAUAAAUAACUAAUCAUCAACUAAUUACCUAGAAUAUAACUGCUGAGUUCUUCGUACCACCUGUUUUCGAUAAAUCGCGAUAAGAAAAUGCCCAGAUUUCAGUUAAUUACCACCGAGACUGUGUUUGGGCUGAACAGACGAUGCUGAUGUUCAGAGGAGUAGCAAAUCAUAUUUCUACAAUGAAAAGAUUAUUUAGUUUGCUAUUGGAAAUGAUAGAACAGUGGUGUUAGUAUAGUGUGUCAAUAUUUAUCGAUCGAUAGGAAUAGUGUAUAAUAGAGCUAGAAUGGUUACGACAGGAUUUGUUAGCAGCUGACAAUGCGACCAUGGUAGACUUUACCCCGUAGCAUACCGCACUCAGUACUGGAUAAAAAUAUGCAACCAAACACCAACGGACUCAUUGUCGAACCGGGCUGUAGCUGGCCGACUAAAAUCACCAUCUUAUAAGCCGUUCGCCUCCCUGGUACAGCCUUUCUAAUUUACUUUGGGGAGAGACUGGCGCGGCUAUAGUAGUUGCUCACUUGUAGUUGCUGCUGUUUAUACGUUGUAGCUCUCGGGCAACUCGAGUCGUAACCGACAAAGCCGCAAACCAUUUACCAGAGUCUGCAGGGUUUGUAUUAGCACUAUGGCAAAUGAUGUCAAAGCACGCUCGAUCGUGGCCUCAUCUGUAUGGGUUCUUUGCAUCCUUAUUUUUGCCCAAAGGCAAGUUGCCCAAAAGCUUACGAUCUUCGCAUUCCACCAGUAGGUUGAUGGCCUACCGUUUCUUGAUGCUCCUUUCCUCGGCAUUUCCACUUCGUAAACACGUGGCAGAACAACGGUUAGUUCGUCCCCAUUUAAGCCGGUGCGGUGAGGAAUUCAUCCUCAAAACCCGAGACCUUCCACUUGCGGGCUUGAUAUUGAUCUAUCUAACGCUGUGCACGCAAUGGCUAACCUCGUAGUGGACGUCCACUCUCCAGUUCAUGUCACUGAUUGACCCAGGACGUGACGUCAAUAAUCGACUUUCCAUCGUUGAUAUUGGCGCUUCAUCUUCGUUCAUUAGCGGCUGUUCAGCGGUGGCAAUGUACAAGGCUUGGCUUGCUUCCAAUCUAUAGUGUGGUUCUGGUCACUAGUGUGUGCUGCCACGCUCGAGUCAUGGAACCUGUCGUUGUCAACUGCGUUCUUAUGUUCUUUUAAACGAACCUUCAGUUUUCGGCGUGUUUGACCAAUAUACACUGCAGGGCAGUCUUGGCAUGGGUUUUCGUAUAUGCCAGACAUUUCUUCCCUCGGAAUCGUAUUUUUUAAAGCACAUAAACGUGUUCAAUAAAGUGUACUUUUAUACACUGCCUGGAAACCAUGCUGUUUUAGGGUAGCCUGAACAGCGUUUGUCGUUUGUCAGCGUUUGUUGCUGACACUUUGUGUGCCUUUGGUUGGUUCACUUUCUUCGCUUUGCACUUCCAACUCCACCUUAUUUGGUGGAGUCCUCAUCAGUCCUUUCUGCCUACUAUGUUGAUCCCGCUUGAAUUGGCAAGGACAAGCCAUGUACGCAGCAUAAAAACCGCUACGUGGACAUCGACCCCAAUACUCAUAUCUAAUGAGCCCCCCCUUACCCCGGCUUUCGAACUCUGCUGGAGUAGUAACGCUUGUGAUCUCAUGGUGAUUUGAACAUGCAAGCUUGACACUUGGCUGCUUUGACAGCCUAUUACUAUAGAGCACCUAAACGAAUUCAAAUUUGCUGAUUGGCUUCGAAUUGGCAGUACCAAGAUAGGCGCACGGAACAAGAAAGGCAAAUAAGUGAACGCACCAAAAUCCAAAUUCUCAACUCUAACGUGACAUCUGUGCUGUUAUACGCUAGUGAAACAUGGUGUGUACCAGUAGAGAACACACAACGGCCGCAGGUAUUCAACAACAGAUACUUGCGGUACAUAUUUUGUGCCUGGUGGCCUCACAACUGGAUCUCAAACAACGAGCAGCAUCCCCAGCAGAAUAAUUCUGACCGAUUUGGUUACUGCAACACAAAUGUGAACAAAUUCAGUUGCAUAUAGGCAGCAGAAACCUCUAUACAACAUGUGUGCUGCUCGGGACCAUUGUUGUCACCAGAGAUCGAUAGCAACAGAAGUUCGGGAUCGGAAGAAGAACUGGGUUGGCCACACCUUAUGCAAGGGCGGAAACGAAAUCUGUAAACAAGCAUUGGUCUGGAACUAAGCAGCAGAUCCAGAGACUUACGGUGGCACAGCCUCAAUAAAGAAAUAAAAGAACCGAAAUGUAUCUAACCUGACAUCGCUCAGGAUGGAGAUCUUCCAAGUCUUUGCACCACUGGGGGUGUACAUUACCCAUAAAUAAAGCUUGAUACUCAUCUGCCAGCUUGCAAGAACCAUAAUUGGGACCUUACACUGUAAAUUACUCAGCCGCUAGACAACCCCUCUGCACUGGCUGGCUACCGUUACCAGUUGGUACUACCGGGAGGCGAACUGUGCUGCCUAUCAAGUCAUUGAUUGCAUAAAUCGCCAAAAAUGUAGAUUAAAGCACAUUUCCCUGCGAUAUGUAUGACUCACGAAGUAACGAAAAAGUUCACGGCCAAAGAAUUCGUAACCCUGAAUUACAAAACUUUUGGGACAAUGAAUAUUGUAAAACGGUUUAGAAGUUGUGACUCGUAAUUACAUAUAACAAUAGAGGUAAUAAACUAUAGAGGACGCUUGUCGCUGUCGUCACUGGCGAAACAUCUUUUGCUGGCGAGGAUAGGGCACUAAAUGUCAACAAAGGAAAAAUCAGUACGUUUUGACAGAUAGGUACCCAACAUGUUUGGGGACGAUAACAAAGGGAACCGCAGCGACAAUCGUCCUCUAUAGUUUAUUACCUCUAUUCAUAUAACGUUUUUAUCCAGAAUGAUUGACUUGGAACUAUUGGAAAAAGCUAUUAUAGAUCAAUAUGCAUUUUAUGUACUAUGAAACACUGAAUAAUUCAAUUGGAGUUGCUGAUGCAAUUCGGGACUGAUGUAUCUAGAACGAGAAAAGGUAUAAAACAACCUGAUAGAACUUUUCGAUUUCUCACCGUUCAAACCGCUAGAGAAUAUUUUAUCAAUGAAUGUGAAAAAGUAGGACCAGUGAAUGUGUAGUAAAAUCACGAUGUUCCUUUAUGCCUUUUAUAAAAGAGGUCCGUUCCAAUGAUUCCGAAUGCAUGUAUUUCCUGAUAAUACCUGAUGUGCUAUUUCUUCUUGAUACCAUUGUGAUACAAUAUAUUGAAUGUUGAAGAAUAGUUGUCCAAUGGAAUAACAAUAUAAUGACGAAUUUCGCGCCAACUCGACCAGCGGUUGGCAGCACCAUCUCAGAAUCGAAUAAAACUUGGUGGGCAUAAAGAUAUGGUAUUUCUAAGUCACUCUGCAUACUUAGUUUUUCAAAAAUUGUCAAGAGUAACAUUUGAUGCGGGCCUAAUUUUUUUUCAUGGAUUUUUUAUAAAUCGAUGUAACUCUAAAAUGACAAGACC